GUCACAGAGCCUAACACACAUAUUUUGUGAAAUAAAAUGUAUUUUGAAAUUUACCGUAUUCCAAAAGAUGCCCUUUUCUUUUCAAAUGAAAACCAAUGGUUUUAUAGGAAAGGCUGAAUUUCAUGAUUUUUUUCUGUUCUGACAUAAAACUAUUUACAACUGGGCAAUGUCGUAUGAAAUAUUUUUCGGCCCAAUCACCAGCGUUUCUAACUCAACAAACUUUUUCUUAUGUCUGUCAAAUUGAGAAGACUGUGCUCUUAUCCCACAACGUGCAUCCCGACGUGCGUCACCUCGUUGUUCAGAUGGUCAGUGGAGAGCUGACAGCAGCCCAAGCCUUAAAAAUCGUGAAUGAGCUCUGCAGGACCCUUGCCACUGAGCGUGGUAAACCUGAGCCAGGGCUGAUGGACGUGCAGCAUGCCUUCCCGCUCACCCCCCGUGGUCCCAAGAACGACUCCUAUCGGUUCCCUCAACAAGACUGUCCCCCGGCCAACCGACCAGCUCAUGAAGUGUCGCUCUCCACUCUGUGCAUAACCACCGAUGCUGACACCAGACGAGAUGAACAAAUUGAGAUGGAAGUCGAGGAGGAGGAGGACAUGUAUGGACCCCCCAAGGACCCCGACAGUCCCAAGAUUUUCAACGAGGGAGCUUUCCAACGUCGGUCGUCAGACGUCCGCAGUGGCACAUCGUCGGUCAGUCCCCACAACGUGGCUCGGCAAUCAAGUCGGAAUGCUGCUAACUUUGAUCUGCAGCUCAACAGCCGCCCGAGCGAUGCAUGGCAGAACAGCUGGACAGCCUCCAACUUGAUGCCUGACAAAUCUAGCAACCCCUUGGACUUAAGUGUUGAAUCUCAAUCGAUGGAAGAAUGGAACUUCACAAGCACAGAGCAUGCUAGGAUGUUGGGAGCUGGACAAAAACCGUCUCCAAAGGGCCCUCCUGAGGAUGAACCCGACAUUGGGGGCACUGUUGGAUUUGCGACCGGCACCUCCGGGUAUGUUUCCAACUUGACAGGGCACUCGGCCGAUGAUCAACACUCUGCCUCCCUGAAGAAUGCCGGCCAGAGCACCAGCAGAGCACCAGAAGUUAUACUACCCUGUGACACUUACAACAAACACAACGAUUUUACUUUGAAGCAGUUCUAGUGUUAUAUGAAUGAAUAUUUGCGGUUAAAGCCAAACAUGGGUUUUCCGUUCAAUGAAAAGAGCAUUCUGCGUGCCCUAUACUGUUAAUUAGUUCUCUCUUACCUCUCUUAUUGUAACAUUAUUUGGGCCAACACUUACAAGUCAAAUGUUGACAAAUUGAUUAAACUUACAGAAAAGGGCAAUUCGUAUUCUAUGUAAGGUGCAUUUUAAUGAACACACCACUCCUUUAUUUAGGAAACACACGCUUUUGUCUUGCCAAUAUUAAUGUCUUUCAACAAGAUGCUUUUAUGUAUAAAUUUGUAUAAAACAACCAACUUCCUGAAUUGUUACACAACUUUUUUUCAGUUUAGAUCCAUACAUGAUUAUAAUACUAGGUCUUCAUCCAAAUUACAUAUACCUCAAGUCAGAACAACCCUUUCUCAACAUACCAUUUCUUUCUCUGGACCAAAAAACUGGAACUGUCUUUCACCGUCUUUAACUAAUUGCCCUUCAAGGAAUAUUUCAAAUAUAAACUAAAAACAUUCCUACUUAAUUUUCAGAAUACCUGAUUCAUUAUUAAGUUGGCUUAGCCGCUAUUGAUAUGUUGUUUAUUGUCGUGUCUACUUUGUUUAACCGUUAAAUAUUUAACAAUAUACACAUGGGCGUCACGAGGGGGGGGGGGCAAGGGGGGGGGGC